UUACGUGACCCGGAAGUACUUUUUUUGUAUUGCUGAUGAGACGCUGAUUCAUUUAUGUUUGAUGUGAAUAUUUUUGACUUUUUAGCUAACUAAAUUCCAACCAAAAUGUCCCGGGGCUCAAGUGCAGGUUUCGAUCGUCACAUCACUAUCUUCUCUCCAGAGGGUAGACUCUACCAAGUUGGUUAGUACAGUAUAUUUUCAUUUGCAUGCACACAAUACACGGCUAGGUAAAUGCUCUGUCAUUGUUCCUAGCGCUAAUACAUUGAUAACUAGCUAGCUUGCAAUAAGGCUAUAAUACUUUUAUUUAUUUAACAUAUUCACAUUCUGCACGUUGUUUUAUGUUUUCGAAAUGUAGUUUGACUGCCCUCAACUACUAGCUAGCUAGAUAUCCGCACAAUAAGCACAAUGCUCAGCUAGCUAGGUUAACACCUGACAAGAAACACACUGAACAUUACUAUCUAGUUAGCUAGCUACCUAAUCAACAUGAAGUUGUCAUUUGUACUAGAUAGCUACUGAAAACAUGUUGUUUUCUUGUGGUAAUAGCAGACGUAAGUGCAGCUAGUUAGUUGCUAGUGAGGAAAGCUAGCUAACUACAGUCAGUAUGUUGUUAGCAAGCUAGUAAGUCUCGCGAGGCCAUCUUAUAAAUCUCAACGUGAAGGAAGAAUGGGUGUCAGACACAAUUAUGUGUAUAGUCAUUGGUCAGACAUAGAGAGCCUAUUAAAUUCGUAUUCUAAUUCUAUGGUGUCAGAGGUGUGCUGUUAUCUGAAGUAAUUUUGAUGUGUGUUGUAUGCAGUGAUUCAAUCAUGUUCUGAAUAACCCUGUUAUGUGUUUUACACAGAAUAUGCUUUCAAGGCCAUAAACCAAGGUGGUCUCACGUCAGUAGCAGUCAGAGGUAAAGACUGCGCAGUAGUUGUCACACAGAAGAAAGUACCGGUAAGUCCAGCUGUAAAACCAUGCCUGUUUACCUCAUUGUUUUAGGCUUUUCACAAGUGGAGGACUGACUUAGUACAACAAUUGGAUUUAUUAAAAAUGACAGUUACCUUGUUUUGUCUCUACUAGGACAAGCUGUUGGAUGCCUCCACAGUCACUCACCUGUUCAGGAUAACGGAGAACAUUGGCUGUGUGAUGUCAGGGAUGACAGGUACUAGGAUUACUUGGUAAACUGCUACGAUGGUCAAAGCCAACUCUUACUAACAACAACAACUGAACUUUUACUUGUAUCCCAACUCAUAUAAUUAAACUCUUACUAAGAAAAAGUACUCUUCCCGUACCAUGUGCAUAACAUUAAGGCCUACCUUGAAAUUGCCAAUUCCCAGUGCUGGCUCUAACUGCUUGUCUCUUCUCCUCUCCUCCAGCGGACAGCAAGUCCCAGGUUCAGAGAGCGCGCUACGAGGCAGCCAACUGGAAGUACAAGUACGGUUAUGAGAUCCCAGUGGACAUGCUGUGUAAGAGGAUUGCUGACAUCUCUCAGGUGUACACACAGAACGCUGAGAUGAGGCCGCUGGGAUGCUGUAAGUGCAUGUUUAUUCAUGUUCACCAUCACUGGAUUUAUGUGUGUUGAAACUGAAAUUUGAAGCACAAGAUCUACAUACUAGGCAGUCAAAAACAUGCAAUGGUAAUGAGCCAUGUUGUACUCCUAAUUUUCAUUCAGACUUUUAUAGAAAGACAAUGCCAAUGCAUCUUUUCCCCAAUAUUGUUUACAACUCUUAGAGUAUCUUCUGCACAUACUAUACUUUCUCCUUGACCAAUAUCAUGUCUCUCCUUUCCUCUGCUUUUCAGGCAUGAUAGUGAUCGGUGUGGAUGAUGAGUGUGGUCCCCAGGUGUACAAGUGUGACCCUGCAGGCUACUACUGUGGCUUCAAGGCCACCGCUGCAGGGGUCAAACAGACAGAGGCCACAAGCUUCCUGGAGAAGAAAGUCAAAAAGAAACUUGAAUGGACCUUUAAAGAAACUGUUGAGGUAGAAAACCCCUUCCACGCCGCUAACUGUGUACAUAUACAGUACAGCGUUUAGUGAUUUAACAAAACAAAAGUGAAAUGAACUACUAGGUGAAAUGUUGUACGGUCAGCAUUUGUUUCUCCCCUCUGCAAAAACAUUGAAUGUGAUUGCAAGUGGUUUAAUUGUAUCUCUCUCUCCUUCUGCCUCCCUCUCUUCAGACUGCCAUCACCUGUCUGUCAACAGUCCUGUCAAUUGAUUUCAAGCCCACUGAGCUGGAGAUUGGAGUCAUCACAACAGAGGAUCCUAAGUUCAGGUGAAGCACCACUCUGCCCCAUAUAAAAUACAGUAAGACCUUUGUUGUUGUUUAGGAAGCGUGUAAAAGAGGUACACUUUAGAUGUGGAGGUGCUAUAUUGGUCUGUCCCACUAAUGGACCACCAGAAUUGUGUUGUCGCAAAGUUUCAAGUUCAUAGUGAGGAAUGUCGAAUUUUAAUCUGUAUUUUUUUCUAACUGCAGGAUUCUGACCGAGUCUGAGGUGGACACCCAUCUGGUGUCCCUAGCGGAGAGAGACUGAGCCCAGAAAGAGAUGUGUAAGAGAAUGAUGGGAUUUGUAGUCCCCCAUUUGAAGAAUGGUGUUAUCCUUGUUUGCUGUAUAUUUUACCCCCUGUUCCAUUAAAACAUUUUCUAGUAAAAUAUUAUAUUUUCUGAUUCUUUUCUUUUCAGUUUGAUCUCUUAAUGCCGGGACAGGUUUUCUCUCAGGUACUUGUGACAGACUGCACAGUAUUAUCUGUGUUUAUUAUUCGAUCAUGUUACUAUAAAGUUUAAACCCUUUUCUAAUUAUUUAUUUUUUAAUCAAUGCUCAAUGUGGGACCAUAGAUUUGACUGAAUUCUGUGCACAAGGCCUUCGUUAUAUGACCUAGUACAAACUUGACAAUUUUUAUACCU